UGUCACAUUUGAAGACGAGGGGCACUGAGGAUGAGAAAUCAACUGAAAAGUAUGAAAAUGUUGGAAAUGCAGAAUCUAUGUGGCCAAAAGUGGAAGGUCUUCACAAGGAUCGUAUACAGGAAUAUAAGAUGUGGAGUGUAUGGGAAGGACUAUGGAGUGAGUUCAGUCCUUAGGGAACUCGAAGAAGAAGCAAGAGGAGAGAGGAGGGAGAGGAAAAAAAGCAGAAGGAGAAACCUUAAUCAAUAGCUGGAAAAGGUCAGCAGAAGAAACCUCCAGCUCCUCCAGUGACCAAGAGUGUUGGAUGGGACCAGGGCUGAUUCACACUUGCUUCUCCAGCUUAGGCAUCCUGCCCACUCAUACUAUGUGCAUUUUGCUUCUCCCCCGGCCCCCUGUUUUCCUGGCAAUAGAUGGGCUAGAAAUUAAUACACAAAGGGUUGGUGGGAGUCAAGCCUCCACCAUCUUAACCAUGGCUGUUUGGGGAUCUGUGAAGUUUGCUUUAUGUAUCUGAGGCCAUGUUAUUAGAUGCAUAGAGAGAGAGAGCACAAGCAGGGGGAGCGGCAGGCAGAGGGAGAAGCAGACUCCCUGCUGAGCAUGGAGCCCAACAUGGGACUCGAUCCCAGGACCCUGAGAUCAUGACCUGAGCCGAAGGCAGAUGCUCAACAACUGAGCCACCCAGGUGCCCCAACCAGCUUCAAAAUCUUAUCAGAAGCAAGAUAGCAUCUGGGCAGGAUUCAGCACAUCACAGGGAUGUUCACGUUGGUGCCCAGGGUCCCUAAGUGGCUAGGAUCUGACCAGAUCUGGAGGUUGGUUUUUUUUUUUUGGUCAGGACACAACCAUUUUAAACUCAAGAUAACAUAACUGUUUUGGAAUCCAAACCAAUAAUCUGUGCAGUUAUACUUUCAAGAAUUUGAACAGACAAGAGGUUCUCACUGGUCCUGAACCGACCCAGCAGCACCAGGAGCACAUGAAGCGAAGUCUACUUGAGAUGGCGCUUUGCACUGUUCAAAGGGGGCACUUUUGCUUCCAAACUUUUGCUUUCGAUUUUUCAUGCAUUAAUGUGGUGGUUCUCCUUUCUGCAAAAGGACAUAGACAUCUUUUGCAUUCUUUCUAAGGGCUUCCUGGUAACUUACUGUAUUACCAUAACUGAACCAGUUCCCAGUGGUAAACGUUCGGGUUGUUUCAGUUUUUUUGCUAGUAUAAGCAGUUUUGCAAUAAAAUAUAUUUUCUCACCCUUACAGAAAUUUAUCUGAAGGAUGCAUUUUUUUCCUUUUUUUUAGAAUCAUAAAAAUUAAACUUUUUUUUUGGUUUUUAAAAAAAAUUGUAUCUGACUAUAGUUGACACACAAUAUUACAUUAGUCUGAGGAGUACAACAUAAUGAUUUGACAAGUUUAUACCUUAUGCUAUGCUUAGCACAAGUCUUACCAUACAACACUAUUACAAUAUCAUUGGCUACAUUUGAAGGUUACAUUUCUAAAGACAGAUUGUUGAGUCAAAAUUUGCCUUAAAUUUUUGAUAGUAUAAACUUGCUAUCCAAAAAUAUUGCAACAACUUAUACUUCCAACAGUAGCGUAUAGAACUUUCUAUUUCCCCCACCUUCACCAACACUAGGUAUUAUCAACAUUUUUCAUCUUUGACAAGCUGAUAUUUGAAAAAUGGUGUAUGCUGGUUUUUUUUUUUAACAUUUUUUAUUUAUUUAUUUGACAGAGAGAGACACAGUGAGAGAGGGAACAUAAGCAGGGGGAGUGGGAGAGGGAGAAGCAGGCUUCCUGCUGAGCAGGGAGCCCGACACGGGGCUCGAUCCCAGGACCCUGGGAUCAUGACCUGAACUGAAGGCAGACACUUAACGACGGAGCCACCCAAGCGCCUUAUACUGGUUUUUUAAAUAUUGAAACUGUCUCAAAGUAAAAUAGAAAGUACAAUAUAAAACUCCUUUUCUUCCUGAACCAUUUGAAAGCUAAGUGGCUGACCAGACACCCCAUCACCUUUGAAUACUUUUAGUGUAUAUUUCCUACAGGCAAGAAUCUUCUACAUCACCACCAUAAAAUCAUCAAAACCAGAAAAUUAACAUUGACUCAGUACUACCAUCCAAUGUCCUGACCCCAUCCAAGUUUCUUUAAUUGUCCCAGUAAUGUCCUUUGGAAUAAAAAUAUUCAGUUCAGAAUCCUGCAUUGUUAACUUAGUAUCUGCAUCUUUUUGGUCUCCUUCAAUCUAGAACAGUGCUCCCAUCCUAGAACAGUGGUUCUCAAGCUUGCGCAAGUGUCAGAAUCAUGUGGUGGGCUUGUUAAAACACAGACUACUGGGUCCUAGAGCUGAUUUAGGGAGUGGCUAAGAAUUUGCAGAAAAUUCUCAGCUGAUUCAGAUUCUGUCGGUCCGGGGACCACAUUUUGAGAACCGCUGUUCUAGAGCCUCUUUACAUUAAAGUCCACCAGCCUGACUGGCCCCUGAUUGCUCAUGCAUCAGUAGGCUUGUGCACAAGGUGGAAGGUGAAGACGUAGUCUUAUUUUCUUAGAAUUUAAAAUAAUGCCCAGUGAUGGGUAUUAAGGAGGGCACGUACUGCAUGGAGCACUGGGUUUUGUACGAAAACAAUGAAUCAUGGAUCACUACGUCGAAAACUGGUGAUGUAUUGUAUGGUGACUAACAUAACAUAAUAAAAAAAAAAAGAAUUUAAAAUGAUGCUUCCUACUACCAGUAGGUCGUGUUUUUAAAAAAGGAAGUACUAAAUGUGGUUGUAUUAGUUUCCCAUUGCCACAAUUUGGUGGCUUAAAACAACAUACAUUUAUUAUCUUAGAGUUCUGGAGACCAGAAGUCCACAAUGGGUAUCUCAGGCCUAAGAUCAAGAGGUCAGCAGAAGUUGCAUUCUUUCUGGAGGCUGUAGAGGAGAAUCCAUUCCUUGUCUUUUCUAGCUUCUACGGACUGUCUGCAUCCUGCUCAUAUGGCCCCCUUCCAUCUUCAAAGCCAACAAUGGCCAGACAAGACUUUCUCAUGCUGCCUCAAUUUUGACUCCCUCUUUCACUUACAAGAACCUCAUGAUUACAUUGGGCCACUGGGAUAAUCCAGAAUAACACCCUCAUUUCAAGAUCCUAAACAUCUGCAAAGUCCCUUUUGCCACGUGAGGCAACGUAUUCACAGAUUCUGAGGAUUAGGACAUCUUUGGGGUCCAUUACUCUGCCUACCAUAGUGAAGACCACUAGCUGUCCACCAAACUCUGUCCUUCCCUUCUAGGGGCACACAGCUAGACUGCAUUUUCCAGUCUUUUUCUGCGAAUGGGUGAGGUCUCUCAAAAGGAAGGAGAAUUUUCCUCACUCCUCUUUCCCCUUGGAUUUUCCCUGGAGUGCCUACACAAGUUGUUCAAACAUGUGACAUCACGUGGGUCCGCAGUGACGGCUCAUGGAAAAGUAGGACAUAGCUGGCUGAUGGUGAUUGAGUACCAGGAGAUGGUGACACCGCACGAGAGCAGGGACCUUCCUGCUGAGACACUGCUAAACCUCAGGGAAAACGGAAAAUGUCAAGAGUCACCUCCAGCUGCCAGAGCAACAUCUGCCACAAAGCAGACCCUCCGCAAAUGCUCGUUGAGUGAAUGGAUGAAUGCUGUGCUAGCGAGGGUUCUCAGAAGCCGCAAAGGAGAUGCAAAAAGCCGCCAGUCUGGAGAAAGCUGCCAUUCUGGUCUGCAUCCUAUACAAGAUUAGGAAUGCACAGGAGGACAGCUGCUGCAUCUGUGGGAUCCAUCAAACUUUACCUCUAAAGGAUCAUUUCUCCAAGGUGCCUCGGCUCCUCAGCACUCACAAUCUGCAUGAUAAAUGCAGCCUUUUAAAGGAAGCAGUUCUCCGUAUUACUUGCUGACUAUUCUGCCAAGAAUUCGGGUGUACAGACUCGGCAUCGAAUUUUUUCUACGUGGGAAACUGCUAGAAAUAUGCAAGAGGAAUACUUUGCAGGCAUCUCAGAAGAAUGUUCAUGCAUCGGGUUUUUCCACUAGUGGAGAUGCUGAAGGUGAUGACUUGGUUGAGAAAGUGACUGCGAAACCUCCACGGAGAAUGGUCUGCCCGGAAACGGAGAUUGAGGCCAAGUUCGCAGGCUAAUGUUCUAUGACAGAUGCAAUCCUAUGACUGCAAAAAAGGCGGGGGAAAAGAAUUGAAGCAGAAGAGGAGGGAAAAUGAAUGCAACGUGGUUUGUUGCCAAGCUGGUCAUGGUUUUGUAGGCAGCCCCACUUGGUCACGUGGGGCGUCUUUGGAGGUGCUCUAUGCACCGUUUCAUAUGGGAAGAGUUGUUCUCUGGCACAAAGCCCACCGCGUGUAAAUGGCCCUGUACUUCUGGAUUGUUUCCAGUGCCCCCGGGCAGCCACUGGGAAAGCCAGGGCUUCUGUGGGUCCCACUGUGUCUGACUUGGGUAUGGAGCUUCUGUAGACCUUUCCGGUGUAACAACAGCCUUGCCGAAGGCACAGACGUCUAUCAUUGCAGGAGGGGAGGUGACGAGAUGGAGCCUGGAGCUUUGCCUCCAUCACGGGGACCUCACCAGGGCAAGCGGGUCCCGAGAGGCAGGCAGGCAGGGCCAGACAGACGCAUCUGUGGGAAUGGGCAUACACUGGACCCAAUGCCCAAAGGAACAUAUUUCUCUUUGAAACUAGUAAUGAUCUGUGGAGUGACAAUUUGCCCCUAUAGGAAUAUCCUAUUGCCCAACUAUUUUUAUGUACUGGUUUUACUACCCACCGAUUAUUCUUGCCUGAACCACUUGUUACAUCGGGAGUUGCAAGGUAUGGGGCUAGUCGUACCCACUGCAACUGUACUAGGCUGUCAUUUCUUCUAGGCUCCUCCGGAACACAACUAGGAAUAUAUUUAUGUAUACAAGGAUAUAUAUAUAGGGAUUAUUAUAUAGCGAUUAUGUAUCUCUCUAUAUAAAUAUAUACAUUUUAAUUUCCCCUUCUUUAUUACACAAAUGCAGAACACUGUAUAUUCUUUGUCUCGAUUUUUUUUUUUUGAAGAUUUUAUUUAUUUGAGAGAGAGAAUGAGAGAGAGCACGAGAGGGAAGAGGGUCAGAGGGAGAAGCAGGCUCCCCGCUGAGCAGGGAGCCCGAUGCAGGACUCGAUCCCGGGACUCCAGGAUCAUGACCUGAGCCGAAGGCAGUCGCUUAACCAACUGAGCCACCCAGGUGCCCUCUUUGUCUUGAUUUUUUUCUUUUAAUAACAUAUACACAAGGAAUUGUUCCACACUCAUUCAUAGAUUUAAGUCAAAUGCUAAAAUCCAUUAACUAUUUACUACAUAUGUGUGUCCAGUGUAUUAGUCAGGGUAGGCCAGGCAAGGUUGUAGUAACAAACAAACCCCCAAGUCUUUACAAAUAAAGUUUGGCGUCUUGCUCACAUAAAGUCCUGUGUGGGGUAGGACACCUCCUGUGUCCUAAAGCCAUGUGACUUGGAACAGAUGUCCCCCAUGGUUACCAAGCUGAGUAGUCAUGCCAGAGCCCAGUCCCGUGGCCCCAAGCCAACACAAGGGAGGUUGGAACUGUGUCUCAUUCUUCACGAAGAGGAAACAGAAAUGGCAUUUGGUGAGAUGUAUAGUAUUGUCUCUGCCACUCCAGACUUCACGUUCAUUCUCUCAUGGAAAUCCCACCACAGCUCUACAAGGGAGGUACUUUCAUUAUCCCCAUCUUACAGCAAAGGACACUGAGGCUUCAAGCUUCUGUAUGCCUUUCAAAAUCAUAGUGUUCCUGUGUGUCGGGAUUAAUUUCAGAUCCAGGUGUAUCUGGUACUGUCCAUUAAAAAAAAAACACACAGCAAACCCAUUUCAUCCAUGCACAAAAGCAAAAUUCACAGAAACGUUGGAGAUCAGAGCGAGUGGUGUAGGACAACAAAUAUUUAGGCUUAGGAUUAAGAAGCUAUUUCUUACCAAAAAAGUGCAAAAUAAAAAUGAAAUCCCUGGAACAAUAAAGACUAAAACAUCACAGGACACAAUGUUUCAGUAACAUUGGAUGAUAAAACAGCUUUAUUUAUAAUUUCUGAAUCAAGAGCUAAUGUUAUACACAUUUCUUAAUGUACAGAGUGGGACUGUAAACACUUUUUUCUUCCUCUUCCUAAGUAAGAGCAUUGUGUGUUCAGUGCAUGAGAGAAAUAAUGACUCUUUUUUUUUUAAAGAUUUUAUUUUUAUUAUUUAUUUGAGAGACAGAGAGCACGAGAGGGAAGAGGGUCAGAGGGAGAAGCAGACUCCCCGCUGAGCAGGGAGCCUGAUGUGGGACUCGAUCCCGGGACUCCAGGAUCAUGACCUGAGCCGAAGGCAGUCACUUAACCAACUGAGCCACCCAGGCGCCCAAUAAUGACUCUUUCAAAACCAUUUGGGAUAGUUCUGAGGAAUUAAGCCAAGUGAGCUCCAGAGAUUUCAAAGUUGAAAAAUCUUUCUUUUAGAGGAGGAAAUAAAUAAAAUUUAGAGUCUUUUGGACAGUGUGUUUAGUCCCACAUUAUUUAUUGUAUUUGUAUACUAUCUAUUAUUAGAUUUAUUGCCUAAGAUUGGGUGCAACAAUGCUGGAUCCCAGUGUAUGUUUUUAGUAAGUGAUUGCGGCAAAAUGAACAAAAGUCACAAAACCAGGAACUCCACUUCAAAUGAAGCAUUGGCCAUCCAUAUACGCAAGGGACUGCAGAUUCCAUGAAAAGGUAAGGUGGUUCUGGAAGGUGACUGUUCCAGAACAAGGCAAAGCUCACCCUUGCCUGUGAGUGUGAAGCAAACUCAUCCUGGCUGUUGAUCCAUCUCAGUUUUCACGAUAAUGCCCUGCAAGCAUCAACCUCUUGUCAGUGGUUUCCAAGCAUCUUCGACCCUAACUACGGUAAGAAAUACUAUUAGCCAUGUAUUCACACAGCCACUCACAGAUGCAGUUUCAUGAGACGUAAUACAAGCAAAACACUCUGACCCUCUCCCCUCAACCUACUCUAUCCCCUCCUUUCCCCCAAAUGCGGGCAUGCUUGCACUCAUACCCUGUAAGACCGGCGGUGUGAAGUCCCUAAGCUGUCACUGCUUACUGCUUUGGCUGGACAAUCAAACCAGCCUGUGUCAAUUACCUAUUCUCUCUCUUUGCUCCACAGCUCCCAGAAGGAGGAGAGGCUCAGUGCUUGGAGAAGGUACUGUCACCCCAGAAUCAGUAACCAAACCCUGGAGCCUGGAGGACUCAGAGCUAUUUAUAGAAGCUGCCACUACUCCUUUAAUUCCAUCCUCACAAAUGUUCAGGUUCACUGAGCAUGUUGACAUAUCACUAGGAUUGCCAGAUUUAGCAGAGCAAAGCAAGCAAACAAAACCAAGACGCCCAGUUACAUUUGAAUUUCAGAUAAACAAUAAUUCUUUAGUGUAUGUCUUCUGCAAUACCAAUAAUUCCUUGUUUAUCUGAAGUUCACAUUUAACUGGGUGUUUUGUUUUAUAUCCGACAACCUGAGUGGCUGCACACCCUGUUUCCCUUUGAA